UUAACGCAACUUUAUUGACAGCCCACAAAGUAACAGCGGUGGGCCCCACCAGAUAGUAAAAAUAACCGGGAUAUUGCGCGGUGAGGGACCCGGGGACAGGAGCGGGUGAGCGGAAACAUUAACGGGCUGAAUAGCGGCUCCGAGAAUACACCGAGAACCGGGGGGGGGGAAUACAGGCAGGGGAAGUGACGUCAGGGGCACGGGAUUAAGGUUGCCAUGGUGACGAGAGGAUACAGAACAAGGUAAUCGCUAAUCUGGCCCUAUGUGUGAUUUAUAUAAAGAUAAAUAAUAUAGAAAUAGCACAGUGUGGGCCCUGUGUAUGGGGUAUGUGUCGGUUACCAUGGGGACACUAUCUGUGUGAAUGGAAAUAUUAUCUAAACCCUGUCACCCCCUCUCCAUGUACAGACAGGUAUCAUUGAUACUGAUUGCUGGGGGUAAAGGGGUAAAUACAUCUUAUAUUACCCCCCUCUCCAUGUACAGACAGGUAUCAUUGAUACUGAUUGCUGGGAGUAAAGGGGUAAAUACAUCUUAUAUUACCCCCCCUCUCCAUGUACAGACAGGUAUCAUUGAUACUGAUUGCUGGGGGUAAAGGGGUAAAUACAUCUUAUAUUACCCCCUCUCCAUGUACAGACAGGUAUCAUUGAUACUGAUUACUGGGAGUAAAGGGGUAAAUACAUCUUAUAUUACCCCCUCUCCAUGUACAGACAAGUAUCAUUGAUACUGAUUACUGGGAGUAAAGGGGUAAAUACAUCUUAUAUUACCCCCUCUCUCCAUGUACAGACAGGUAUCAUUGAUACUGAUUACUGGGAGUAAAGGGGUAAAUACAUCUUAUAUUACCCCCUCUCCAUGUACAGACAGGUAUCAUUGAUACUGAUUGCUGGGGGUAAAGGGGUAAAUACAUCUUAUAUUACCCCCCUCUCCAUGUACAGACAGGUAUCAUUGAUACUGAUUACUGGGGGUAAAGGGGUAAAUACAUCUUAUAUUACCCCCCUCUCCAUGUACAGACCGGUAUCAUUGAUACUGAUUGCUGGGGGUAAAGGGGUAAAUACAUCUUAUAUUACCCCCCUCUCCAUGUACAGACAGGUAUCAUUGAUACUGAUUACUGGGGGUAAAGGGGUAAAUACAUCUUAUAUUACCCCCCCUCUCCAUUUACAGACCGGUAUCAUUGAUACUGAUUGCUGGGGGUAAAUACAUCUUAUAUUACCCCCCUGUCCAUGUACAGGGACAGGUAUCAUUGAUACUGAUUGCUGGGGGUAAAGGGGUAAAUACAUCUUAUAUUACCCCCCCUCUCCAUGUACAGACAGGUAUCAUUGAUACUGAUUGCUGGGGGUAAAGGGGUAAAUACAUCUUAUAUUACCCCCCUCUCCAUGUACAGACAGGUAUCAUUGAUACUGAUUGCUGGGGGUAAAGGGGUAAAUACAUCUUAUAUUACCCCCCCUCUCCAUUUACAGACCGGUAUCAUUGAUACUGAUUGCUGGGGGUAAAUACAUCUUAUAUUACCCCCCUGUCCAUGUACAGACAGGUAUCAUUGAUACUGAUUGCUGGGGGUAAAGGGGUAAAUACAUCUUAUAUUACCCCCUCUCCAUGUACAGACAGGUAUCAUUGAUACUGAUUGCUGGGGGUAAAUACAUCUUAUAUUACCCCCCUCUCCAUGUACAGACAGGUAUCAUUUAUACUGAUUACUGGGGGUAAAGGGGUAAAUACAUCUUAUAUUACCCCCCUCUCCAUGUACAGACCGGUAUCAUUGAUACUGAUUGCUGGGGGUAAAGGGGUAAAUACAUCUUAUAUUACCCCCCCUCUCCAUGUACAGACAGGUAUCAUUGAUACUGAUUGCUGGGGGUAAAGGGGUAAAUACAUCUUAUAUUACCCCCUCUCCAUGUACAGACAGGUAUCAUUGAUACUGAUUGCUGGGGGUAAAGGGGUAAAUACAUCUUAUAUUACCCCCCUCUCCAUGUACAGACAGGUAUCAUUGAUACUGAUUGCUGGGGGUAAAGGGGUAAAUACAUCUUAUAUUACCCCCCUCUCCAUGUACAGACAGGUAUCAUUGAUACUGAUUGCUGGGGGUAAAGGGGUAAAUACAUCUUAUAUUACCCCCCCUCUCCAUGUACAGACAGGUAUCAUUGAUACUGAUUGCUGGGGGUAAAGGGGUAAAUACAUCUUAUAUUACCCCCUCUCCAUGUACAGACAGGUAUCAUUGAUACUGAUUGCUGGGGGUAAAGGGGUAAAUACAUCUUAUAUUACCCCCUCUCCAUGUACAGACAGGUAUCAUUGAUACUGAUUACUGGGAGUAAAGGGGUAAAUACAUCUUAUAUUACCCCCUCUCCAUGUACAGACAAGUAUCAUUGAUACUGAUUACUGGGAGUAAAGGGGUAAAUACAUCUUAUAUUACCCCCUCUCUCCAUGUACAGACAGGUAUCAUUGAUACUGAUUACUGGGAGUAAAGGGGUAAAUACAUCUUAUAUUACCCCCUCUCCAUGUACAGACAGGUAUCAUUGAUACUGAUUGCUGGGGGUAAAGGGGUAAAUACAUCUUAUAUUACCCCCUCUCCAUGUACAGACAGGUAUCAUUGAUACUGAUUACUGGGGGUAAAGGGGUAAAUACAUCUUAUAUUACCCCCUCUCCAUGUACAGACAGGUAUCAGUGAUACUGAUUGCUGGGGGUAAAGGGGUAAAUACAUCUUAUAUUACCCCCUCUCCAUGUACAGACAGGUAUCAUUGAUACUGAUUACUGGGGGUAAAGGGGUAAAUACAUCUUAUAUUACCCCUCUCUCCAUGUACAGACAGGUAUCAUUGAUACUGAUUACUGGGGGUAAAUACAUCUUAUAUUACCCCCUCUUCAUGUACAGACAGGUAUCAGUGAUACUGAUUACUGGGGGUAAAGGGGUAAAUACAUCUUGUAUUACCCCCUUCUCCAUGUACAGACAGGUAUCAUUGAUACUGAUUGCUGGGGGUAAAGGGGUAAAUACAUCUUAUAUUACCUCCCUCUCCAUGUACAGACAGGUAUCAUUGAUACUGAUUGUAGCGGAGAGCUGAUUUCUCACAACUUAACUCCACUGGUAUAUUAGAAGAAUGCAGGAACAAGUAGUAAAUCCAAGAGGGUAAUCAGCAUGAAAAUCCAAUAGUAUCCCAUCACCUUUCCCAAUCACUGGACGACACACAGUACAGGAGUAGAACUGACAUUUAAUGACACAAUUCCUUCUUUUAUGGGAUUCUCCCAUGCAAGGGAGGGACUCACCAUAAUUACUACAGUAACCAAUCACAUAGACGUUACCUCCCACACAUCUCCUUAGCUUAACAGUUAACAUAAUUAUAAAGUACAUACUUUUCCCUAAUUCCAGGAUGUACCCCAAAUAUGGUAGGUACAUCUUUAAAUGUGGUACCCCGGGUAGUCCUGAUCUGGGUGAGAAAUAUAUUCAAAAAUCACCCAGAUCAGACCAGGGGUUUGGGAGUUAUGAGGAAGCAAAGAUUUGACCGACCGCAUGGGUAAAGUAGCCGAAAAUAGUUCCAUGAGAUCUGGCCCUGCGGUCGGUCUCUGUUCGUGCCUCAAAAGUCCCGAAAAUCUAUGUCAUCCAUGGUUAAGUUUGCAUUCGGAUGAAUCCCCUAGUUCGUGGGAUUCAUCCUACCGAACGGCGGGCCGUUCUUGCAUUUCAAUCAGCACUUUCUGAAGUCCUGGAGGUCUUAGCGGUGUUCAGUUAGUCGAGUGUCCGAUUUGAGUUCCAGACACUCGACGACCAAACACAGCUGUUCGCGCGUUAAAGAUGGCCGCCGCCACGUGUUCGGCUGCCGAAAUGGCAGCCACCCAGGAAAUACAGCAGAGCGUUCGUGUGUUUAAACCAAGGGAAUAGAACAAGCAUACAGGGAGGUAAAUUACAGCCACACUUCACACCAGGGUGGUCCGGUUGUUCGGUACCUUAGUUCGGAUGGUGAAUAUAGCUGUUCCCAUGCCGACUUGUACAUCUUUUAUGUAAUUCUGUAUAAUCCAGGCACAGGAAAAACUCUUAGGUUCCAACAAUAAAAGGGAAUAGAUUGGACAGCCAAACGGGUUCUGCUACAGUGUGUUUGGUAGUGUGUGGAUGUGAGGGGCUGUUUGGGGUAUUGCAUGUGAGAGGCUGCAUGUAGGGUUGUGUGCAUGUAUGUGGAUUGUUAGUGGUGUUGAUUGUGUGUGUGUGUGUGUGUGUGUGUGUGCGUGUGCUGUUCAUAUUAUUUGUAUGAGGGGAGGGUUAUUCUGCAGCUCUGUGUAGAUCUAGCAGUGUGGGUGGCUUCCCUGGAUUCCAGUAGGGACCAGGCUGGCCAGGUACAGGUCAGAGACAGGAGCUGCAACAGCAGCCGCGGGCUGCUCUACUACAGUGUGGAUUCCCAUCCACAAGUGCUGGGAGGAACUGAUCUCAGAUCACUUCCUUUCUUUAUGUGCUGCAAUGCAUAACUUGAGGAUUGUCCUUCACCAUGUCUUCGUAUUAGCAGAUAUCUGAAGUUUCAGUGGGACUCCUGAUAGGCCAGAGCCUGUUUGGCUCUAGCAGCCUUGAGUGCCGUGCAUGGCACAAGUGCCAUAGGUUGCCUACCCCUGCUAUAGACGUUUCAUCAUUAAACUUGCAUCAUUAUAUCUCCUAAGUACCUAAUUCCUAAAAUCCCACCUGGGAAGAGGGCUUAGGGAGUCUUUGGGCAAUUGCACAUGAAAUCACAAUUUGUGAAUGCACACUAAAUCUUUAUUAAAGGGACACUAUAGUCACCUGAACAACUUUAGCUUAAUGAAGCAGUUUUGGUGUUUAGAACAUGCCCCUGCAGCCUCACUGCUCAAUCCUCUGCCAUUUAGGAAUUAAAUCCCUUUGUUUAUGAACCCUAGUCCCACCUCCCUGCAUGUGACUUGCACAGCCUUCCAUAAACACUUCCUGUAAAGAGAGCCCUAUUUAGGCUUUCUUUAUUGCAAGUUCUGUUUAAUUAAGAUUUUCGUAUCCCCUGCUAUGUUAAUAGCUUGCUAGACCCUGCAAGAGCCUUCUGUAUGUGAUUAAAGUUCAAUUUAGAGAUUGUGAUACAAUUAUUUAAGGUAAAUUACAUCAGUUUGAAAGUGAAACCAGUUUUUUUCUUUUUUCAUGCAGUCUCUGUCAAUCAUAGCCAGGGGAGGUGUGGCUAGGGCUGCAUAAACAGAAACAAAGUGAUUUAACUCCUAAAUGACAGUGAAUUGAGCACUAUACACUAUGAUCUAUACACUAAAACUGCUUUAUUUAGCUAAAGUAAUUUAGGUGACUAUAGUGUUCCUUUAACUGCACAGUAUUUGGUUGGAUAAGCUGUGGUUCUGAGCAGAGCAGACUUAGAAAUGUCUGUCCCUAUCAAUCAAGAAUAACCAGAAGAAAGGCAUUAAAAAAAUACUGUAUGCAAGUUGUAUGAUUCGUGUAGUUUUGUAUUUGAAACAAUAAAACUACUGACUGUUUUUCCUGUUUAGUACUACCAAUGGAAACAUGCAUGUAUGGGGACAGUUGUAUUGCUAAAAACGGCUUGCAAAUGCUGCAGAUGUCAUGUCUGCAGCCUUUGCAAGCCCUUGGUCUUCUAACCCCGCCCAGACUUUCUGUGGCUGUCCAAUCACAGACUUGACCAAUGCAGCUCAAUGAGCAGUCUUUGCAAACCAAUCCUAGGAUGUAAGGGGGUGUAACAAGGUUAAUUUAUCAAAGUGCCAAUUUCUAUUGAAAGCUGCCCUUUUUUGUAAAAUGACAAAAGAGGACCCUGUCUUCACACAUAAAGUGCUUAAGGUGUCUGGGGGUCCCUUUAAGUAAAUAUUUGGUCCAUGUUUCUAAAACAGUAUUUAGUUUUUUACCUUGUUUUGUGUUCUCCCAUUACAGGAGUCAUCAUGCUUGUUCCCAUAUUUACCUUGAAAUUAAACCACAAAAUCAAUCCACGUAUGGUGUCUGUAGGGAAGUAUGAUGGGAUACAUCCGUGUCUCACAGCUGCCACCCAAGCUGGAAAGGUACAAUAUUUAACGUGUGGAACCAUUAUAGAUCCUCUUUAACAUGGGCUUAAUUUGCUGAGACCAUGCCAGAAUUGGGUGUAUAAGGGAUUACAAAGGGAAUGUCUCUUUUCAAUAGCUACUAAUAGAAAAUAAUGUAUUGGUACCUUAGAUUUGUUGGAGAAAAAAUGCCUUAGACUUUAAUCUACUAAAUACACAAAGAAAUGCAGACUUGAUACAGUCAAUAUGCAAGACAGAAUACAGCGACUUUGCUUGUGUCUGAUGCAUUGUUUAGCUAUAACUUUGCAUUCAUUAGCUAUUAUUAUAUUAAUUUCAUAUCCCCCUUCUGUGAUUGGUUGAGAGCUGUUGUGGUUUUUAUUCCCCUUUUUGAGUACAACAAAGCUUCUAGGUAUGUUUUUCCUGUCCGUGUACAGCUAUUACAUGUACAGUUUCUGUCUGCAUGGGCCAGUAUAGCUGUCUGCAUUUCUAUUGGCAGCCUAAAGGAUGUAAGUAUAGAUCAUCCCUUAGAUUCCCGUUGUUGAAAUUCUGUUGUGUCCAGCAAACCAUUGGCAAUACUCAAGUGAGCUGCUGAAGUGCCCAUACUUUGAUUAUUAUUUAUAAAGUGCCAGCAGAUUCCGAAGCGCUGUACAGUGGCUGGACGAACAAACGCGUAAUUGAAACCAGAUGAGUUGGACGCACAGGAACAGAGGGGGUUGAGGGCCCUGCUCAUUACGCAAACAUUCUAUAGCAGGGCUGCCCAAUAGGUAGAUCCCCAGAUGUUGUAGAACUACAGCUGACAUGAUGCUUUGUCAUUCCAAAGGCAUGCAAAGCAUCAUGGGAGUUGUAGUUCUUCAUCUAGGGAUCUACGUAUUGGGCAGCACUGUUUAUAGGGGGUGGGGUAAAGUGACACUAAAGGUGUCUUAUUGGGCAUCACAUUUUUUGAUAAAUAGUGUUGGUCCAUUUGAAUGUCACUGUUUCUUGUUUUGUCCCACAGUUAUCCCUACAGUCUCUACAAUGAAUGUAUUUCUACUGUCUUACUAUUCUACGCUGUGUUUUAUGGAAGUGGUCUGUUACCAUCAACCUGCACUUUGUUUUUUAGAUUUUUAUCCAUAACCCCCACACCAGAGGCCAGCGGGCUUCUUCCAACCGCCUGGUGCAGAGCAGCCAAGACUCUGACAUCUCUCUAUUAAACAUUAACCAGACAGUCAGCUGUCUAACAACUGGGGUGUUGGAUCCAAAGCUGGGCUGUGACUCGCUCAUCGUGGGAACACAAACCAACCUUCUAGCGUAUGAUGUGCACAACAACUCUGACCUUUUCUAUAAAGAGGUGUGUGUGUCCACGAAUUAUACUUAAUAUAUUAGAUGUUAAAUAAUGCACUAGUGGUGCAAGUAUAAAAUGUGAUCAUCAAUGGGCUAUUAAAUAAUUAGGAUAUUUUUAAGCAAAUAUGUAUUUUUUUUUAUUUUUUUUUUGCCUCCUGUGAGCGUCAUGUGGACUUAAUUUUGUCAGAGAAAUCUAAAUGUUAAUUAUCAGUGCUCCAGUAAGGUGCUGUGUUGUUUCGGCAGGAGCAACACCCACUGAAAUACAAUAUAUCGCCCAUUUUAUUUUUGACUCAAACUCCUUUUUCAUAGAAAUCAGCCAUAAUUCAGUUUAUUGGGGACAUCCAUGAUUAUUCUUUCCAUACGGAAAGGAAUGUGUCUAUUUCCAGGCUGUGUUGUAAAAUAUGCUAAUAAUUUGAUGCUAAUUUUAUAUGUGCAUGUUUCUGGGUUCAUUACAAACGAGUAGCCAGCUUUUAACACGGGCAUUGGUGAGCUACAAGCAGUAUUGGGCUGAGAAUAAACGUGUCUCUCCUUUUCUAAUGUGUGUAACUGAGAAUAUGGAUCACCAUCCAGUGUGGUGCUAAUCUCUGUGCUUCAUCUGUGUAGAUUGUAGAUGGAGCCAAUGCUGUGGUGGUUGGGAAGCUGGGAGACGUUUCUUCCCCCCUCGCUCUCAUCGGAGGAAACUGUGCCUUGCAAGGGUUUGAUUGCAGUGGAAAUGACUUGUUUUGGACGGUGAGCAAAUAAUCCUGAAAGGGGGGGGAACAAUCUACUGUUUCCAACAUGGGUAUAGCAUUGAUCAUUUUUUUUUUUUUUUUUUUAAUUUUUAUCCCAAUUUUAAUAUUUUUGGGUAACUUUUGAAAUGACUAGAUUUUUGGCUACUUUUAAAAAAUGAUUUAAUAGUUUUAUAUGUAAUAUAUUUUUACGUAUUAUAAUAUUUUUUUAUUUUUUUAAGUUUAUCCAAAAUUUUAAAUGAUUUGAAAAGCUUACCUAAAACUAUAAAAUCAAGGUCUUUAUUAAGUAUAAAUAAAGGAUACGGAGAUCAGUAGAACAAUGAUAUAGUAGUUUCAGAUUUGAAAAUAUAUAUCUAGAUCUAGAAAUCGAAUUAAAAAAAAAAUGUUUGUGAUAUUUGUCAGGAAUUCAAAGUGAAUGGGUGGUUUCUGCACUCGAAUCUUCUCACUUGCAGUUUAGCAUGAUGCUUCCAGACCUCAUAGGAGAUCCCAUAUAAUAGUCUUAGUUUACAAUUUACUACAGUUUAGUCUCAGUUUAGUCUCAGUUGAGUCUCAGUUGAGUCUCCGUUUACAGUCUGCAGUUUUCUAUUCCUAAUGCUAUAGUGUUCAUUUAACUUGCUUUUUAUCUCCUGCUCUGUAAAUUGAACUUUCAUCACACAGGAAGCUCCUACAGUGUCUAGGAGGCUAUUAUCCGAGCAGGAGAUAAGGAAUUCUAGAUUAAACAGACGAUGCAAUACAGGAACCUAGAAUAUCUAGGUUCAUUUUCAGGAAGUGUUUAGGACAGCUGUGCAAGUCACAUGCAGGGGGGUGUGACUAUGGCUGUAUGAACUAAGUAAUUUACAUCCUAAAUGGUAGAUAAUUAAGCAGUGAGCCUGCAGGGGCAGUACUGCUGCAUUAAGCUAAAGUUGUUUUGGUGCCUAUAGUGUCCCUUUAAGCUGUAUAAGACAGUCUGAUUAAUUUUUGCUUUAAUUAAUUGAUACAUGAUUUAUGUGCUAAUCUUUUAAUUACAAUUUCACAUUGAAACAUAGAUAAACAAGAACAUUUGCCAGAUAUUCAACCAAAAUAACAUUUCGGGGGAAUAAUGCAAGGCCAUGUAGGGUUAUCAAACAUACCAAAAGCGGUAUCCAAUACAGCAAUAUCCAUAGGAUGCUCAGCAAGGCAGGUGUGAGGUACAAGUUACAAGUGUCGGAAGCAGUGGGAAGAGGAAGGAAGUGAAGGCACAGCGUGUUUAUUUCGGGUUCAAGUCAGCUGUGUAGAGCAAAAGUAUCCAAGUCCCAAAAAGGAUUGGUUGGUCUUUUUUAUUUUAUAUGUGAACAGUGCUGUAUUUGUUUUAUUUUUAUAUAUAUAUAUAUAUAUAUAUAUAUAUAUAUAUAUAUAUAUAUAUUCCAAGCUGUUGUAUACAGCAAACACAGACUCAAAGGAAUCCAUGUUUAAAAUGGAAUGAGGCAAAAAUGUGAUUCUUUGUUAAACUCAUUUACAUAUGCCCACCCAGAAUCCUUUGCGAUAGUAACAUCACGGCAGAUUUGUGAUUUCUGUGGGAAAAGCAAGUCUUAUGGCUUGACUGGUGUGCAGAUUUUUGUUUAACAUUGAGAUAUAUAUAUAUAUAUAUAUCUCUCUAUAUAUAUAUAUCUCUAUCCGUCCAAGUCCUUGCACUCCAACUAUAGCAUUAUUACCCGGUGCAAAAAAAGUCACUCUGAGAAUUCCACUAGCAUUUUCUUUAUUCAAGUAAAUCCAAGUCAACGUUUCAGCUCCUCAUUGGAGCUUUCAUCAGGACAUAUAAAAUAAAGUUAUGUGUAUUUAUUUUUGUCCAACCUUUAAAUUGUUUGUUUUGGUAGGUUACUGGAGACAAUGUGCGAUCAUUGGCACUAUUUGACUUUGACGGGGAUGGAAAGAAUGAGGUAGGUUUGCUUUUACUUCACUUUGCUGACUACAUUUUUCAUCUUUGGGGAAUUCACAAACCUUAUGGGAUGAAUGAUGCUCUUUUAUGUAUGUUGGAAAACACACUUAUAAGUACACGGAAUGGUAUAUGUUUUUAAUAAUGGUUGCAUUGAACCCCCAUCCCUCAUCACAGAAUAAAUAUCUUUUAACUUCUCUCCAGCAAACCAAUUCUAUUCUAUAUCAUGUGUCCAACUCUAGUUUAUAGUAUAAAGGAUAUUGUACUGAUAUAGUAGAUCCUAAUAACGUAAUGCUUUUGAAGUAAAUUGCUUUAAUUGUACUUAUAACUAUGCGUUAUUAACCGUAUAACGACUGUUAAUUUACCCAAUUUAUCUUAUUUCACGUAAUGUUCAUAAUAAACGAACAUACAUACAAUAAAGAAAAAAAGCAUAGUAAGAAAGGGUAUCUUGUGUGCUGGAGGUGUGUUAUGAUUGAGAGACGGAAUCGCUAAGACUGUUUUUGGUAUGAUUGUUAAGGUUUGGUUGGUUAGAGACAAUAUUUCAAAUUAUUAAAUUAAAGACUUAAUCAUACAGUAGUUUCAUGCCCGAUGAAUUUGCUGGUAGAUCAAUUACUCGUAAUGUAAUACUCAUACCACCUAGACCAGAUUUUAUUAUAUUUCGUAAUGUUUCUUUUAUUAAAGGUAACCGCUUUCUCCAUUUGACCUUGGUAAUUAAUUUUGCUUAUGAUUUCGGUAAAGGUAGGAGUUUCUUUGCUCCUCCAAUACCUAGAACUACAAAUCUUUGUUGCCAUCAAAAUAUGGACUAUAAAAAUUUUUUUGGAAUCCAAUAGACCGGUAAGAUUUAUAUAACACUAAAUAUCCUUAAAUAGUUGUGAUACAAACUCCUUAAUCAAAUUAAAUUUAGGACAGUCCCACCAGAUAUGUUUCAACGAUCCAAAAUCUUUAUUGCAUCUCCAACAUCGGUUGGAGUAUUGAGUUUACAUAAUCUGGGGGGAACCAAGUACCACCUAUUAAGAAUUUUAUAAAAAUGUUCUAAUAUGUUUAUACAGUGUACUGAUUUUUUUAAGAUAACCAAUGGAUUUAAUCCAUAGUUGAUAAGAAAAGGAGUUACCAAGGCCACUUUAUAAUAGUUUAAAAAAUUCUUCAGGGACAGAUUUAUUAAUAAUCUGUCUAAUUUUAGAAGGUUAUUUUUUUUUUUUUUUUUUGUGAUUGACCUAAAAAGAAGUAUAUCCAUAGCGGACUGAUCCACUAAUUGGAUAUUUUUUUAUUUAUUUUUUAUUUAUUUUUUUAGAAAAUUAACAAUCCUUAGAUUUGUAAAUGUUUCCGCUUGAAACACAUUCUGUGCAGCUACCCAGUUUGGGGGACACACUGUGCUGUGUCUUUUUAAAGAAUCGGUGUAACUAACACUCUCUUUUCUUGAUUGCAAAGAUUUUGGUGCAGAGAGUACCCUGGUGCAGAAUGUUCCUACUUUCCUUGCUUAAAAUGGUUUUUGUCUGCAACAAUUCGUAUAUGCAAGUCAUAAGUCCCCUUGCUCAGGCACAGUAAAUUAAGAGUUUUUACUUUGUCCUUUGUUGCCUCAAUUUCAUCCAACUUGUCUGGGCAGAAUCUUGGCGUCUUACGCCCCCAUGAACUAAUGCAAAUAGCUGCAUAUGGUCUGGUUCACAAAACUGGGUAUAGACUGACCGCUGCCAUGGUAUGGCUCCUAUCUGUUUAUAGAGCAUUUCCAUAUAUCCUCUAUGAUGAGCGUAACUGUGACUAAGGAGACAUUAUUUAUCCCCAAAACUCCUCCUGGACAGCAGUCUAUCUAAUCUAUCUCAUAAACUGGUCACUAACUGCUUGGCUGUCACUCGAAGAAACAUUACUGAAGAGUACCAUUAAAUCGCUUUCAUUCCUUGAUUCAGAUGUUCACUUCGUUCUGUCUGCUUUCUUACCCUUUGUAUCUUUUGUUUUUUGACAUCUAUAAAAAGUGUUUCAUUCUCUUCAUUAGCUUCUUGUUGGAUCCGAAGAUUUUGACAUUAGAGUCUUUAAAGAAGAUGAAAUAGUUGCUGAGAUGAAUGAGAGUGAGGUAAGAAACUUAGCAGCCUGUUAAAUGUCAUCAUUUGUCCUGUGUGUCAUUAAACAAGUUUUGUCAUGCUCACAGAUCAGCGUCUCUUUACAAUAUUGUUAAACUUGCUCUGAUUUAAAAUGGGGGAGUUUAGACAAGACUUAGUCUUAAGCAGCAGUUGAUAUCUGGCUUUCUUGUGGCCCCUUGAAGGACUAGAUGAUUAAAGAAGAUGAAUUUGCCCCAGGCUGCACACUCCCUGUUGCUUAAUUAUGGAGACCGUUUGAACUAAUACAAGGAUUAUUAAUAAAAUGUGACAUGGCGGAAAGUUAAAGGAACAUUAUAGCAGUAGGAAAACAAAUGUGUUCUUAGUGCUGUAGUGUCCUAGUCCCUAUAUAUAUUAAGCCCCCCUCUUAACCUGUAAAAAAUAAUAUUUAAAGAAAUGUCUUACUUACCUUAUUUUCAGCACCAAUACUCACUCAGUACCGCCGUCCGCUCCUUCUCCAGUGAUGUCAUCCUGGAAACAUGACUUCAACCAUGAUCAACCAACUCAAUGCUUUUCACAGAGAAGCAUUGGGGACAAGAUGAUGCAUGUGUGGUUAGCACCAUACAAUCAAAUGUUUCUCAUAGGGAACCAUUAAAUUAAAAGCUUUCUUAUGAGUUGCAUUUAAUUUUUUUUUUUUUUUUAAUAUAGUGAGGUUUUAUUGAUCCAUCAUGUGCAGAUCAUGGUCAUUGUUUUAAAGUUUAACAUACCUCACGUCACGCAGGAUUGAGUCCAUAAAAGGAAAAAGAUAGGAGCACAAGAACAGUAACAGUCUCCUGGUGUCGGACAUAUAUCUGUAUCGGUGUGUUUAACCCUUCACUCAGAACUUUAUUUCUACUAAACGGCCAUUGUUUAGAGGGUGAAAACAACAGGGUCACUGCACCCAGACAGUGAAUUACGACAUUCAUGCACGAAACAUGGCUAAAUCCUAUCCAGAUGAAAGGAGUAUAAUGUGAGCAUGAUGUGUGGAGUUCUUAAAUUACACUUUCCCUUUCAGACUAUAACAUCUCUGUGCCCAAUGAAUGGCAGUCGUUUUGGGUACACAUUAUCCAAUGGAACAGUUGGGGUCUAUGAUCGGGCGGUUCGGUCCUGGAGAAUGAAAGUAAGUAUGACUACAAGAUGCAUUUCUCAAAGCAUAGACCCUUUGCACCAAUUUAAAGGACACUGACCUAACCAAUGAUGACUAUUACUAGGAGAAUAACUAUUUGCUGUUGCACAGAUAUAAACCACAAGCUUACAUUGGCAUCAUAUUUUUGUGGAGCAUGUUAAACAUAAUUUAUCAUUAAAGUGUACUGUAAUCUGAAAGGCUCAACAGAUUCAUUAAAAUCAUUCCUUUUAAAUUAUAUAUUUAUUUUUUUUCCUAUGCCUAAAAAAAUAAAUAAAAGCAGACAAGCAAUAGCAUAUGAAAAUAGAAGCACUCCCUUAUUAUUUGUCUUAUACUCUCUUAUUAUAUUGAUCAAGAUCUUAAAAGUAUUCCGAGACCAGAUUUGAAAGGUUUGGAAUAAAGUAAUGCUUUUAAUGAAGUGUCUGCACAUUUCUCCUUAGAGUACACUUUAUUGUAAUGAAUCCUUGCAUGACGUUGGUUUGUGUUUGGUAAUAAUAUGGAAUGGUUCUUCUCUGUCCUACUUGAUAUCAUUUUACUGAUUUUGUCUAAAGGUGCUCAGAUAUGCUUGCGAAGGCAAUAGCACGGUAACUCUGUAUUGAGGUAUGAUUUCCGUCUUGCUAUUCUGCCUAUAAUUCAGACCUGUGUUUCUGUCUUCUCUCUUCACAGUCUAAGAAUCUUGCCAUGAGUAUACAUGCCUUUGACCUCAACUCAGAUGGAGUCUGUGAGCUGGUCACUGGGUGGUCCAAUGGAAAGGUGGGUGCUAGGUCAGCUUCUUCACACAUUUAAAAUUUUUCUUUUUUUGCAUGGUUUAAUUGCAUCUUCGAAGUCAUGUAAACCGUAAUGUUGAGAAAAAGUUGCCUAGUCUUUUAAAACAUACAUUUUCUGUCCUUGAAGAGAUGCCUAGCAGCUCCCUGCAUCCUCUAAAGAAUAACUGCACUGGGAAGAAAUGAACAAUCUGUAGAUAUCAAAUGAUCUCUGUGUUAGACGCGGAUUGUGCGUGGAGAGAAAUUGAGGGCUCUUAUAGAUCUCUCCAACAAGACAAUGAAACCAUUUAAAAAUGUUAGGCAACCAUCUUUAAUAUUACUGCAUAAACAGCGUCUAUGUUGCCUAAACAAAAACAUAUCAUAAAUCAGACUAUACAUAAGACACAUGGUCACCCAUUUAGACUGGAAAAAAAUGAGAUUUAGUCUAAGGCAAAGGAAAGGAAAGUUGGGAGGGUUUUUUUUUUUUUUUUUUUUACAGUGAGAACAAUAAGGAUGUGAAAUUCUCUCCCUGAAGAGGUGGUUUUAUCAGAGUCUCUACAGAUGUUUAAGCAGCAACUGGAUGAAUGCUUGCAAAAACAUGUUCAGGGAUAUCAUUUUUUUUUUUUUUUGUAUUUGACAAUUUUUAUUGUUUUUGCCAUACGUAAACAUAAAUGCUGUGGGGAUACAGAAGAGAAAGGGGAAGUAGGGAAGUCUCAGGACACAUUAUUCCAUUUUCACACAUCACAGUUCUGUGUAAGUAGGUACAUAUCAUAUUCCCUUACAUCUAUAUCAUAAAAUCACAUUAUUUGCCGACGAUGUGAUGCUUACUCUAACCAAACCCGAAACAUCCCUACUGACACUACAAUCCGUAAUACAGAGGUUCAGUAACUGCUCAUACUAUAAACUCAAUGUUGCCAAAACCCAAGCCAUGAGCUUCAACAUCAGAAACCCAAGACUUUCAAACCUGCGAGCUGCCUUCACAUAUGACUGGAGACAAGACCACCUUACCUUUUUAGGAAUAGCUCUAACACCACAUACACACAAACUGUACCACGCUAAUUAUGAGAAACUCCUUCGGGAAAUAAACAAUCAACUGCAGAACUGGAGGGGGAAAUAUGUGUCGUGGAUGGGUAGAAUAGCAGCGGCAAAAAUGAUGGUGCUGCCCCGCUUACAAUACCUCUUCAGGACCUUACAAAUUGAUCUUCCAAAACAAUUCCUUAAUAAUGCCCAACGAGCUAUAAAUACGUUUAUAUGGGGUGGGAAAAAAGCCAGAACGGCAGCAGACAUCUUAUACAAACCUUUUAUAAAUGGAGGAAUGGGGGUGCCGAAUGUCUCACGAUAUUACGAUGCGGCCAUAAUAAGCACACUAGUGCAAAUGCACCAUCACAAAAAACCACUAGCGUGGAACCAAAUAGAAAUGGUGCACACUGAGGGGCUAUCACUACACACAUUGGCCUGGAUGCCAGCGGACAAAAGGCCACAUUACAAAAAAAUAUGCCCAACUACGGCAACGACACUGAAAGUGUGGGACAAUUUAGUUAAAAAACAACAACCUCGAGCGCGGAUUUCCACAACCUUCCAAAUCCAGGCAUUAACUAUCCUGAUCCCAGGAUUUGAAUAUAAAAUAUGGAACUCCCACGGGGUAUUCUGCUUGUCACAGGUACUAGACAACGGACAUAUGAUAGACUAUGACACACUACAUAGCAAGUACAAUCUUCCAUCUACAGCUUUCUUCUCAUACCUACAAUUGAAAUCGUGGGUAAACAAACACUACGACAUCACACAAAUCCAGGGACACGUGCUCACAGAGAUAGAACAUUUAUGUUUGGCAAAGAAACCACCACAACGACUACUAUGCACCCUGUAUAGCUUGAUCGGGCCAAGCGACCAUAUAGAACAAUUCAAAUGUAUUAAAGCAUGGGAAAAAGAACUUGAACAAACACUGACACCUGAAGACUGGUUACAAACACAGAGGGCACACAAAACACUGACACUGAACACAGCACAUAUUGAAAUCAGUAGGAAAAUACUAUAUCGUUGGUACAUGGUGCCAACCAAGAUCCACAAAAUAGACCGCACAAAACUAGACACCUGCUGGAGAUGUGGUGCAGCGCCAGGCAAUAUGACACGUAUUUGGUGGGCAUGCCCGAAACUAACCACCUUUUGGUCUGAAAUAAGGGAUAUCAUUUUUAAUUUGUGGGGUAACAGCUUCUUGAGCCAAGUAGAGAUCUGACUGCCAUUCUGAGGUCAAGAAGGAAUUUAUCCCUAAUUUGUUGUUUUUUUUUUUUUUGUUUUUUUUUGGAAGCGCUUCAGACUGGGUUUUUGCCUUCUUUUGGAUCAACAGCAAAAACAAAUGUGAGGAAGGCUGAACUUGAUGUCCGCAAGUCUCUUUUCAGCUAUGUAACUAGUUAACUAAUUGAUAUUUCCUUUAGUUUUUAUUCUGGUUUCCAGAGAAAGCAGAUUUGUAAGAGGAUAUUCUCUGUUCCAUAUAAAGCUGGUAAAUAUCAGUUUGGUACAGAGAUUGUUCUGUACAGCCAUGGCUCUCAUGCUCUUAUAUAUACAAUAAACAUGUAUUGUGAAUAUGUGUAGAAUUUAUACUUUUUUUUUUGCAGAUUGAUGCCCGUACAGAUCGUACAGGGGAGGUGAUCUUUAAAGACACCUUCUCAUCCUCAAUAGCAGGGGUGGUGGAAGGUGAUUAUCGUAUGGAUGGAAAGACACAGUUGAUCUGUUGCUCCAUCGAUGGCGAAGGUGAGCAUUAAAAGAAUAACGAAUGGUUGAAUCAGAUCAAAAUAUUGCACUAAGCUGUGUGUAAAUCUCCUCCAUUGGCCACCAUGUAGCAGUUCCUGGGAAUGCAAAAGGGCAAAUGCUUUCUAUUUCUAUACAAAUGAAUUGUAUUAAUGGUUAUUGAUGUAUUUUAUUUUAAAUCUAAGCUUUAUCAAGUCUUAAGGAGAAAUGAAAAUUGAGGUAAAUAGCAGUAGUAGUGCAUUUAAAAAAAAAAAAAAAAAAAAUGUAAUAUUUAUUUUUUAGUCACUCAUGACUUUCAGGUAAAGCACAAGAGCAUUCCACUAAUUUUAUAGAAGUAUUGCUGUUCAUGUGUAAGAGAGGAUAAAUUCGGGGGCGGAGCCUGACUGUGGCGCUGAGCAGACACACUAUCUGUGAGCUCCCGAGUCUGGGCCCGAUUAUCGGCUGUAAUAGUGGGCAAAUCGCCUCAUCUUGAACCCCAACCUACCGCAUCUUGCUACACAGAAGCUGGUGAAUCGGGGGAUACAUCGCAUACCCAAAAUGCCCGCUGAAUUGCCUGGGCUGGGGCCUACCUUACGCAGAGCAGGGGAGAGGCAGCCGCUCUCCCGGCCCAUCAACGCACCAUCCAAGGUACUCACCUCUCAGGGGUUAUCCCGGUCCCAAUUGUCCCAAUCCGCAUACCUCAGUGGACUCCAAACGCUGGCACGAGCCCCAUUCAUGUACCAUACCUGCAGGCCACUCGCCACUCUAAAAUGGCGGACGCGCAGUCCAACGGGGUCUCUGUGCCUCCGGAGUAAGCCUGGGCUGGGGCCUACCCUACGCAGAGCAGGGGAGAGGCAGCCGCUCUCCCGGCCCAUCAACGCACCGUCCAAGGUACUCACCUCUCAGGGGUUAUCCCGGUCCCAAUUGUCCCAAUCCGCAUACCUCAGUGGACUCCAAACGCUGGCACGAGCCCCAGUCAUGUACCAUACCUGCAGGCCACUCGCCACUCUAAAAUGGCGGACGUGCAGUCCAAAGGGGUCUCUGUGCCUCCGGAGUACCGUUACAGCACAAACGAGCCUCUAAUCGCCUGCUGGAACAAGUUGUUUGAUAACUUCUGGGCACGGAUUGAAGCUCGACACGCUGUUCCACAGACGCAGCUGCAGGAGAGCUGGAGCACACAAGGAAACCAGAGCGGCGGCAGCCGGAGAGGGUCUGGGACACCCUCUGGCACCACCUCGACUAAGCAGUCCGCAACUCUCCACACUAGCCCAUCUGGGUCAAAGGCCAUCAGGGGAACAACCCCGGCGCAUCUUCCACGCAGGCGGAGGCCUACCCACCGCUGGCGGCGCAACAACACCAAAGCCCCCAGACCUGUCCCAGCAGGGAAAGACCUGGCUACAUGAUGCUGGCCUUACAGCAGACCUGGAGCUGGAGGGAAGAACAGGCUUGCUCCUGGCUGUCUGCCAACACCAGCAAUUACCCAGUGCUGCCGGAACAGAUUCUCCCUGGAAGAAUAGGGUGACCCACUAGCCCACGGGCGUUCCCCCACAUCCAUAAAAGGAUGCUACCCAGUCAUACAUGGACGCUGGCUAUAUAUGUCCUGAUGCCUCACAUUGAGACAGUUCUCACUUUUCUCUGCAUGUGUUUACUUAUAUUGCAUUGGUCCUUCUUAAUCUGCUGACUAUGAUAUAACUUAGCCAGCCAUCACGUCCCUCAGGCCGUGAUGUCUCUGUAUAAGCUACCACCUAUACAUCUGUCUUCUACAGCAUACGACACUUAGGGUUAAUCCAGCUAUGAAUAGCAAUUGGCAUAACCGUGAUACCUAGCUCGCAACCUAUAACUUGCAUUCUGUAACGUCCUCUGUCGAUAUCACACAACCCCAAUGUAACUACCGCUAGAUAACCCAUCUCUAUUCCUUCAGCAAUAUCGGUUAUGCGUGUUUAUACUAUGUCCACGGAGAUACGCUUACCGUUCUCUAUACAUGUUUUAAGCUUACUUACUCAAAUCUGAACGCACACAUGUCCUCUUAAUCCUGAAACCCAACUCUUUAAUUCGAGACAUGUCAGAAAGUUUAAGCCAGUUUAUAAUAUAAAAGUGUGAAAUUGUUUUUAAUGCCAUUGUUUCGCUUGUUUGUCAAUGCGUACGCUGUUGUGGCAUUUUGAAGCUGAUUUGUACUCACCUGCACAACAUAAAUAAAAAAAUUUAAAAUAGAGAGGAUAAAUUCCUACACUCCUGUAAAAUCAUGUGGUCCGAAGAUUAAGUUGGCAACUUUUAGCUGGGCGUCUACAACUUUUGGUGAUGUGUUGGGCACUGGAGUCUAGUCUUUUUAACGAUGAGCUGUAGAAGUAUUUUAAGCCUAGCACAGAACACUAGCUGAUACUCAUGCAGAUGAGCUUUUACUUUAUUUUAUUUUUAUAGAUAUAUUGUUUUUAUUCUUUGAUCAAUAUAUCCUGCUAAAAUUCAGUUCUCCAUUUUCCUAAAUUUCCAUGAGUUCCAACUUGAGUUGUGUCCACACUACAGGCAAAGUUAAUGCCGACUAGCUAAUGAUUGCUGCGUGCCUUUUCAGAAAUGUUUUAAAAAAAAAAAUUAUUAUUAUUAUUAUUAUAGAUUAUUUUUUUUUGUGUUGUCAGAGUAAAAUUCUAAUAAUAUAUAUAAAAAUGAAACAUUGAGAUGAUAUUUAUUUGGCUACAGUAGCAUCUUACUUUAUGAAAUGUUAUGUUUCCUCUCCAUCACAGUUCGAGGCUACCUUCCCUCUAGUCAGCAAGCUACAGGAAGUCUCAUGGAUACAAGUGUUGAGCAGGAAUUAGUUCGAGAACUAAGUCAAAAGAAGCAGAAUCUAUUGCUGGAACUGAAAAACUACCAAGAGAAUUCAAAGGUAGUUAGAUCUGUGUCACGACUGUUGCUAAGAAAAUUAUGAUGAACAACAGUCAAAGUACAGCUGGUUGUAGUGGUUAUGGUAUCAGAAGUACACUUCCUCCUCCAUUGUAAGUUGUCAGAUCAUUUUAGGGCGUUUUGACUUCUUACCUGGGGUCUGCUGAGUUCCGCUCAUUGACCGAAAGCGAUCAGCUGACUGCAUUGCAAGGCUUCAUUCAGGAGCGCUAAUGGAAGCCUGUGCUUCGAAGCUUCUGCCUGUCCAUCGUCCGUAAUGAAGGGAGCAGUUUGACUACUUGACUACUUACUAUAGGGCACUCCUGGCAACAUAACCACCUUUGUGUGCUUGUUUUAAAGGAACACCCAAGACACAUAAAAGACACGAACUUGCGGAGGUGCUUCAUGUUUGUGGAGCCUGUCAUUUUUUUUACAGUUUAUAAAAUUUCAAUUGAAAGCACUUUUAUAACUAGGGGCAGAAAUACCUCCCUGGCUGUCACUAACACAACCAGUGAGGUUUUCUUACGCUUCCAUUUGCUCCACAGAGCGAACAGAAAUGGCAGAUGUGCUCGGUAGAGGAUGCCUGCCUUCCUCCUUUUCCUUAAUGAGCUACGGCUUGAGCACAGAGGUUUCUUAAUGAGUCUGAAACCAUGUGUUGGGGAAAGAAGGGAGGGCUUACAAAGGCUGCAGACAGCAGGUCUGCAGAUUUUUCAAACUUUUUUUUUUUUUUUUAUUUACCUCCAAAGAAAAUGUGCAGUAAAAAUACAUGUAUGUUUUCUUUUUGGGUAUAUCCACUAAAUGAUAAAUAAAAUUGCAAUUGAGUGUACCUUUAAAUUUAAUCUUUUUUUGGACAACAUUGCGCAAGACUUGUGUAUCCCCCACAAUCGCACUGAAUGACCCAUGGGUGACACUUGUUUCUUCCUUGUAGAGGUCAAAAGCUGUAAGGUUCUUUAUUAACUUCUUUUUACUCUGACCAAUAUUGUAAAAUUUACAUAUUGUACUUCAUAAUUGCUAUUUGAUUUGCUAAGGUAGAUACACUUUGAUAUAUGUAUUUACCAGGUGACUUUUUUCAUUAAUACUGUCUUCCAUAUUGUGUUGUCAUUCUUGAGCAGGCAGAUUCACGGGUUCAAGUGAAUGAGCAUGAUGGUCAGAUGGGUGUUAUUCCGGCAAACACCCAGUUACAGACUGCUUUGUCUGUGAAUAUGGGCUCUGAAACGCAGUCUGCACAUGUUGAACUGAGCAUCUCAACAUCGAAUGGUGAGCAGCAAUGAUCUAUCAUACCUCCCCACAAAACAUAAUCUGCUGUAUAUGUGUAUACUGGGUCAUUCUAUUAACUUCCCUUAUACCAAUACUGCCUAUCCUGUAUGCCCAUUCAGAUUCUAAUUCUGACCAAGUAUUGAAUUAACUGAGCAUAUUUUGCUUCUAGAUCUCGGUCUGCUGAAAUGGGAAUUCUAGGCUGAUCGUGCCCCCAUUUUUUUUUUUUUCUCCUGUUAGUUUUUAAAUAGUACAUUGAAGCUAUAUAUAUAUAUAUAUAUAUAUAUAUAUAUAUAUAUAUAUAUAUAUAUAUAAUAAUAAAAUAAACUCUAUUUAAAUGUUCUAUCCUCACACAUGUUGUAAUCAGUUUUGCGCUUUGCCCACUCCAAGCAGUUUGGUCAAUCAGCAGCCUCUCAUUCUGUUUUAUCUGCACACUCCAUGUUCAAACACAGAGUUUCUGGGGCUUGUAGCUCAGUUGUCUAUUUUGUACUGAGAGAGCUUUUUUCAGCUUUAGUUCAGCUUUGCUUCAUGAUCAACUGUUUAUUGGACACUGCAGGUUAUUGCAGGUUAGGAGAGACAUGUACAGCUGCGUUACUGGGCCCUGCAGGUUAGGAGAGACGUGUACAGCUGCGUUACUGGGCACUGCAGGUUAUUGCAGGUUAGGAGAGACUUGUACAGCUGAGUUACUGGGCACUGCAGGUUAUUGCAGGUUAGGAGGGACAGGCGCAGCUGAGUUACUGGGCACUGCAGGUUAUUGCAGAAUAGGAGGGACAUGCACAGCUGCGUUACUGGGCACUGCAGGUUAGGAGAGACGUGUACAGCUGAGUUACUGGGCACUGCAGGUUAUUGCAGGUUAGGAGGGACAGGCACAGCUGAGUUACUGGGCACUGCAGGUUAUUGCAGGAUAGGAGGGACAUGCACAGCUGAGUUACUGGACACUGCAGGUUAGAAGGGAGGAACAAAAAUAGAGCUCUCUUUGAAGAUACAAGAACCAGCAAGAAGGAAAUAUAUUAGAGUGGUGGAAUAGAGGAGUUGAGUUUAAGGUUAACAAUGCUUCCCCUCCCCAAAAUCUAUACAAUAUUUGCCAUCUAUAAAAUACAGCUAAUUAUUUAAGACAAAAUCUAUAAAAUGCAGGAAAGUUGUAUUGGUGCAUGGAGUGUCUAUUUACAUUGAAAAUGCAUUUGCUGUGGGAUGUAUACACAUUGUGUGGCCUGUUCUGUCCAGUAACCAGCCCAAGUGGUUUUAUUAAAUGACAAUUUAGAUACAAUCAUCCGAGCUGUGCAGAUCUUUGCAGAAGGCAUAUUUGAAGGGGAAAGCCAUGUUGUCCAUCCCAGUUCCCAGCAACUAACAGGCCGGAUUCACAUUCCCAUCUGUCCACCUAAGGAUGUGCCUGUGGAUAUGCACAUCAAAGCCUUUGUGGGAUACAGAAGCAGGUAGGAAAAAUACAGUCAUUUUUAUAUGAUUUAUAAUGUUGUAUAUGAAGAGGCUUUUGGAAUUAAAGGGACCCUAUAGGCAAUGUAACCAUUUAAAUGCAUCUCAUUGAAUUGGUUAUAGUGCCUGGUGUCCCCUGGCACUGUUCCUCUAUUCAGAGUUUAACACUGAAUGAGAAUCUGUGGCCUCUGCUGGAGGUAUACCUAAAGCAGAAAUUACACUCCUUCGUACCAAUUCAUUCCAGCAAUGUAGGCUGUGAUAGGCUGAAAGCGGUCAGCUGACACACUGCUGCCUGGGCCAAUGAGAGGCAGUACAAAAGGGAUGGGAACUGUGAAUUCUCACUUGGCAUUGACACAUUUAAAAACCGUUUAACAGUGAAUGGAAGGACUCCAGAGGACUCCAGACACUGAUAUGAAGCAGUUACAGUGCCUACAGUGUCACUUUAAAUAAACACUCCAAGCAACAUAACCUCUAAACACUUUCUAAUGGUUAUGGUGCCACGAGUACCAACGUGGUCAAACCAGUUUAGAAUGGUUUGACUUCUUUCCUGGAGUCCGCUAGGUGCAGCUACCCCCUUCCACUACCUCCUCCAGAUAGCCAGAAGCUUCUGCGAAGUAGCCUCCAUUAUCUCUCCCAUGCUAAUCCCUGCAGGGCAGCUCAGACAGAGAGCUCCCAGCCCUCUGGAUAAGGUAAUGGAGGUGGUAAGUGGUGGGUACCAGGUCACUCCAUAAUUACUAUCAUUUGUUGCAGUGGUUAUGGUGCUUUAAAAGCUUGAAAAUCAAAAAAACAUGUUGACCACUAUAGAUUCUAUAUUUGCUGCCUAUAUAAACUGCAUUAUUCAGUCUGUUAUACUAAAAGAUAAGUGGGUGUUAUCCACAACGGAUAGGCUGCAUUGAUCUAUCGAUGAAAACAGAUGUGCUCCCAAGUCCCAACAUGCCAUAUAGUGCAAAAUAAUUUAACCCUCACAGCAGCAUAUGCACGGGCACUGGAAGAAAUCCCAAAGUGUGUAUGGGCUCAUAAGGAAUUUGCUCAGCACAUGCCCAUAAGCACACCUAGAGUAUCAGGACAAUUGUGACACUCGGGAUAUAAAAUUGCUGGAGAGGUGGGUGUGUUUGAUACUUGCAUCCACCGCACCACACACCUGUAUUCACUUCAGUAUUCUGUAGUGGGCAGAGGGACUGAGAUAGUGAUCGUUCCACAUUGAAGAAACACAAGAUAGUGUGUGAUGAUUGCUUCUUCCUUUUAAACAUCAGGCACAUUUUCUUCACUCUAGUAUACAGUUCCACGUCUUUGAACUGACACGUCAGCUGCCACGUUUCUCAAUGUACGUGCAAAGUAACACUGCUUCUGCACCGGAGCCUUCCAGCUUUGUGACUUUCACCAUUAGUGAACGUGUUCAGAGGGUGAGUAGUACCCAAAGUCUGGCUUAUCCCCAGCGUGUUCAUUUAAUCCACUGAUUAUACGUGAAUCCUUCAAUUUAUUUCUGUUUUUUCUUUUUGUUUUGUUUUUUCAAGGUUGUUCUUUGGAUCAAUCAAAACUUCCUGCUUCCCGAAGAGACCGAGACACAGAGCACUCCAUUCCAGAUCAGCUUUACAUCUCUACGAGAUGGAGGAACCCUCUUGAUCACCAUGAAAUCCAAUGGAGAGGUAACAUGCCCUGUUGAAUACUCUCUGCUCAUCAGGGUUGUAUAAAAUCGUUCUGACAAAUAAUCCAUGAUUCAUGAUCCUUACCCAGGCCAGAAAAUGUUACCUUUAAAAAUGCUGUGAGCAUAGUAGGGUUUUGGUGAACUUUAUCCUUUUUCGCCUUCCCGAUACGCCUCUCAGGAACAUUUUAAAAAUGAUUCUGUAAAUAACCUCAUGGGCAUCUAAUAAUUCUUUUGUUUUUUGUCUGUGUUCUCUCUCCCAUUAGAUCACCGUAAGGACAGAUGACAUGGAUUUAGCUGGUGAAAUCAUCCAGUCUUUGGCUGCAUUUUUAGCCAUAGAGGACCUGCAGGUGGAAGCAAAUUUUCCAAAAUAUUUUGAGCAGCUCCGUAAGGUGCUGGGGCAGGUGAGUUGAAGAAGAAUCUUGUUAAAUAAUAAGUAUUGUUUCUAUGUAUUGGAUAGACAUGUAUUGGUUUAUGUUGGUAUGCUUUAGGAUGCAAUGGGCAACCUCUUGCAUGAUCAAGUUAUUUUUACAGAUCGCUAAUUGUAUGUUCCUGGCAGGUGGAUGAUUCUCACUCUGUGCACCAGAAGCUAACUGCAGACAUGGCGGAACAGUCCAACCUGAUCCGAAGCAUGUUGGUGCAGGCAGAGGAUGCUCGUCUGAUGAGAGACAUGUAAGUAACUGCUUUGAAGCUUGAUACUUAGUGAUAUCCAAUUAUAUGCAUAUGUGGCCACAUACUUUUCUCAAGGUGAGGAAAACAAUGAGAAAAUUAAAGGGAUUAGCCCUUGACUGGAAGGAACAUUCUGUUUGACUCUGCACUCUAUGAAGAAGCCACGCAAAGCAAUCUGCAGCUAGAGGGACAUUCAGCAUCUGUUUUACCUCCAUCUACAUUGUCAUUCCAUUGCUAAUUUAUCAUUUCAAAAUAAAAUUAAAAAUUUAAAAUACUAAAAGAGCGAUUAUUAACAAGUUUCUCACAGAACCAUAUUAUGAGCCUGGUGACCUAUUCUUUAAUUGUAAAAAUAGUUUAUUUGCAAUAUAAGUUGUACUAAACAUCGCUUCUGACUAAGGUGUUAAGAUAUGUGUUGGUAGAAGUAGGUGCAAAAUUGUGAUGUCAUAUCCCAGUACCGCAGUUUAUAGACUAGAACUAGAUCUCUCCCUGGCACUUAGAGACUGCCCACUCUUCAGCCGCAGCGAUAAUGGAAAUAAUUCACUUCCACGUUAUGUGCGAUUCUUUCCAAUCAGGAUCGGAAUAAAAGCCUAUUGUUGCAGUCAAACCUGCAUGGAAGUGUAAUUUUGCAUUAUCAGUGAGACUCUUGAGGAAGCAGCCUAUAGCUGCUGUAGUGGUUUUGGUGCCCCUUUAAAAUGUUUAUAGAUUUUAUAGUGCCCUGGUCCCGCUUUGUACUGUAUUUUAAUAAUAUCUCCCACAGAAAGAAUAUGAAGAAACGGUACACCGAGCUCUAUGACCUCAACAGAGAUAUUAUAAAUUCCUACAAGAUCCGUUGCAACAAUCACAGUGAGCUGAUAAAUAAUCUAAAAUUCGUCAACCAGGCAAUCCAGCGUGCAGGACGGCUGCGGAGUAAGUGCACAAUGGAUUAUUACUACUAAAUGACCCAUUCAAUCAAUGCUUUCAUUUAGCUGGUGCUUAAUUCUGUACACAGAGUUUAAUUGUUGAUUUAAGUGCUCCAAUGACUGCAUAAUUCUGUGUGUGUGUGAAUAUGUUUGUAUAUGAACACUAAAUAGGAAAGAAGGGAACUUUUGUUUUUGAAUUAACACAAACAUUUAGUAAAUGUUUGUGUAACACAAGAACAAUACAUACAAUAGGUGGAUCACACUCCUAGAAAUAUCUAAAAGAGAAUAAAAAAAAAACCAAUAUAGUGUAAUAUUGUCAGUAAAUGGAAAUCCAAAUAAGUGUAGAGAUCAGGUACUCACAAACCAAGAGCCAAACAUGUACAUGUGGCUCUCAUGGGAACAGCACUGGGACCAUUAGUUAGGAUGUCCCUUUCCUUCUUGGAAUCUUCUGGUAGCAAAUAUAAAUGACUGUAAACACUUACUACUUCAGUAAAGUGUUUAUUGAUCCAAAAGUAAAACAGGAAUGGAGACAAAAGGAAUAACUCCAAUAAAAUGCAUAAAAAUAGUAAUAUAGUAAAAGAGUCCAAAACAGGAGUCUCUGUAAAUCCGAAACGCGUUUCGCCCUGUACCAGGGGCUUUCUCAGUCGGUAGUAUGGGUCUCUUCUUCCUUGGCGUCUUUUUAUGUGAAUGGGAUGGCCGGCUCCUAUCUGUGGAACGCAUAUCGCCGAGGUGGAACGCACUUCCGGCACCGCCGCGCGCCAUAUCCGGGUUGUGAGGUCUUUCCGGUGAAGACGCCGGCCUGACUUCCGGCGUAAUUGUUCUUGUGUUUAUAUUUGAGUGGUAUAAGGGGUUUCCUGCUCAGGUGAUAGAUCACACCCAUAUUGUCCUCACUGUAUACAUUGCACUUUCUUUAUUAAUGUUUGUGUAACACCUACAGGGGUUAAUUUAGUAAACUCUAAAUUGUAGUAAACAUGGUAUAAAACAUUUGCAAAUCAAUAAAGAAUUAAUUCUUGCCAAGAUGCCCAGCAUUUGUUAUCCCGGUAGGUUGGUUAAACUCUGAGCUCAGUAAACUUCAUGAGAGUUUAUGGUAAUGUUUUGUCUCUGCAGUUGGAAAGCAUAAAGUCCAGGUGAUCACCGCUUGCCGAGAUGCAAUUCGAAGCAACAACAUCAAUGCCUUGUUUAGAAUUAUGCGAGUCGGGGCCACCCCCUCCUAGCACCGUUCAUCCAUGGCUUGUGACAAACCAUGUGCUUUGGACACACAUGAACCAAAGGAUUGUGAGUUCUUCCUUCACAACAAAUCAGCCUCACCUUAGGAUUACUACGGGAUCUGGAUGUCUCAGUCCCCUGUCAUCGUGUCUAGUCUUUUAAUCAGAGGAGCUGAGUAAGCCUGUGUAGUUUAAAGAAUGUGAACAGUUUAACUCAUGUACUAUGGGUGUGUAUAGUUGGUGUUAUUUGGAACACUUUAAAACAAUAUUUUUUUUGUUUUUUCAAUAUCUACUUUUUCACAUCCUGCCAGAGUAACUAACUUUUUAAAUUUUGUCAAUAAAUUGUAGAUACAAUUGCCUACAUAAGGAAGAAAGUUUAGACGUCAUAAAGAAAUACAUAUAGUUAUAAUAUUUUAAAAAAAAUACAAACCCUCUCCCCCACAAUAGGACAGUGCAGAUUUUUAAUGGAGGAUAGAGGAUGCUUCCUGCAGUCAAGUGAGCAUAAUAUCACCAAAAUAUUACCUUAAUGCAACAGACUUGAUGUGCGCUGAUUUUUAAGGUCCUAUGUGCAUAUUACUUCCUUUCUACUUUGACUAAUGCAUUACUGUGCAGUUCUCGGGGGUAGAGAAAGGCAGUGUCUCCUUGUGCUCUGGGCAGUGUAUGGCAUCAUAGGAGUACCACCAGCAAACUCCCCUUACCGACACCUGGCAGUGAUGCAGCAAUGAGGGUUCUCCGAUGUUCUGCUGUUUUGAAAAGUUAGGAAAAUUGAAAAUAAUAUACAGCACUUGGUAACAAUAUCAAAGGAAAGUAAAGCUGCAAAAGCUGUACACAGUUAGCACAAUAUAUAGACCUAAAAAAAAGAAAUGUCGUUAAAGUAUGUCAUAUUAUUCUUUCAUGAAUGGUGCACUUUGAUGUUUAAUUAUUUAUUUGAUACUGCUGGUAUUUUUCAUUAAAAGAGCCUGUAUUUGACAAUA